GGCAUUGUAACCCACACCUUGGCACGCCGUCAACUCAUGGCACGAGAAGCUAUCCUCGUGUAAGCCGCGUUGCAGAAAAGGCACACACAUACCAAUCUUAUUAUAAUUGCAUGCGCUCUGCGGUGCCCUCUAUGCCCUCGAACUUCCCUGUCAUUGAUAACGGCUACCACAAUCUCCAUCCGUCAUGAGCUCAGAAUCGCCACAGGUAUUGAGCAAGACGCCUUUGAAACUAAUUGAUAAUGUUCAGAACUAUCCAUCUCAGCCAUGCAGCGUGGCGAUCACAGCCUCUACGGACUGGGCUGGGGGAAAGGGGGAGGGCGAGGCGCACUGUUAUCUUAGGACGUCCGAUGGACAGGUCUCACAGCAUUGCCAAAAGCAGCGCAUGCUACGAGUUCCACCAGCGAGGAUUGAUCGCAAUUUCCGAUCAGCGUUCGCACGUAUACCGCAGACAGAUGGAUGGAAGCCCGGAGGACUUGUUCGUGAAUGCGAUCCACGAAGCCAACUGAGCUGCUUGGCUUGGGAUGAUAGAAAUCAAACGCUGUUCUAUCAGCUGGCGGAUAAUACCAUUCGCGAGACUAGGUUUGACAGCCGCUGGUAUGACACAAACUUUUUGCAGGCGGAUGUCAUGCCUGGAACACGUAUCGCCGCCAUCUGCACGUCCGAUGGUCUGCGCGCUGUAGUCUUCUUUCAAGAUUCAUCAGGAUUUUUAUGCUAUCGGCGCGCUUGGAAUUGGAACUGGGAGAUCAAUGCUACCCGCCUCGCGAAGGCUGCCCCAAAUACCGCCAUCGCCGCGGUCAUUGCGGAUUUGCCAGAUCACCUGAGAGCUGCUGAUCGCAUUCGUGUGUACUAUCAAGAUGAACAGUGGAUCCUACGUGAGCAUGUGACCGAUGAUUUCGGCACGAAAUGGGUCAUUGGCGAUUUUUUUGAGGAUCCCGGGCAAUUCAUUGCGAGUAUGGCAGCGGUGUUUCUCUAUGCUGAUGGCCCACAACUACGAGUAUUUUACCAUGAUCUGCGCAGCCUGUGUGUCAGUGAAAAGUGUUGGGAGUCAAAUGAAUGGUCCCAAAGCAGGACAGUCUUCGAUGCCUCGUGCGAGGUCUAUGUCACUGCGUAUACACGCGUCGUUGAAGUAACAAAACCAUCCGUCCUGAACCUUCUUCACGUUGGCCCUGACGCGGUGAUCGAUCAGCAUAUUUGGAUGGCCCAGCUGGGCUGGUUGAAGCCGUCCUUCGUUGAGUACCAAUCGGAUAGUGAAGGGAUCCGUAAUGGUUCAUGGAAAGGCGAGCGCUUCCACGACGGAUCAUUCCCGUCGAAUGCCUGGGACAAAAGAAUCAAGGGUAUUCGCAUUCGCUCGGGCACCGUAGUUGAUGGGAUAUGCCUUGACUUUGCAAAUGGCACAUCUACUUCUUGGCAUGGGGGAUUCGGAGGUAACUUACAUCAAACAUUCGAAUUAGCAGCCGGUGAGGACAUUGUCCAGGUGCUGGUACACGCGAACAAUGAGUACAUUCGCGCUUUGCAGUUCAGAACGUCAAAGGGCCGAGCGUCAGAACUCUUCGGAAGCAAUGGUGCAACAUCCUCAAUUACCUGGGAGGCUAAAGACAAAGUUCUUACUGGUUUCAGUGGAACGUUUGGGAAAUACAAGCCCACGGGAGCUCUGGUGCUGACAGGAUUACAGCCUUUGUGGAGGGACCCCUAGCUUGCACUGCUGAGCGGGUGCGCGCUUAUUGAUGCAGCCUAUCACAACGGAGGCCGUCGGAGUCCGAGAGUAGAACGCAAAUGCAGGUGGUAAUCAAACUGUUUCUUGGAACGUAUUGCUCGCUUCGCGAUCCUGUAUAUAGCUAUCAUCAACGAGGCAGAGAACGAAGGCUCAAAAAUGCAACAUCGCACAGUGUAAGUAUUCAUAUCCACAGCUAACCAUACUAUUAAGUGUAGCCUCCAUCAUUACACAGUCAAAAUGCCUAGCUGUAUCCGAG